AUGUUUGCAAGCGAUUUGGUUGUAGAGGUGACGAGGCGCCCAUCCCUGGAUGGUGUCCUGAUGAAGGAGGCGAGAGUGGUGCUGGAGCGCGUUCCCAUCGAGGUCUUGAACGCCUCGCAGCAGUGCCUCCCGGCAGUCAGCGACACACCAGACCCCGUUGCGAGGAUGGACUGCGACGAUGGGGCGGCGUCGGAUUCCGACUGCAGACCCGUCGUCGCGUCGGAGUGGUUUGGCGCGAAACGGCCCCGCCUUAGUGAUUGCUCGACGGAUGAUGACCGAGCGGCGUCCCCAGUGACGGCGAAGUGGCGCCAACAAGAGAAGAGGGCGGCGGCCAAGGCUCGGGCCGCAAGCAAGGAAGAGGACUUGGUGAAAGAAACAGGGCUUGCUCGCUUCCGGCGGGAAACGCGGGCCGCACUGUUUCCUCGCCCAGCGGUAGGCGCAGGAGGAAAGGACGCCGCUCAGAUCCAAGAGCAGGUACGGGAGGACUUGGAGGUCAUCACCAAAGUGGCGACCAAGUCCUCCAGCUUGAAAGGUACCUUUGUGCGGGCCUUGAAGGACGCCGCGGCGUCCAUCAAGGAUGCGGUGGAAGUUCUCGGGGCCCGCACCCAAACAGAGGAGACUCGGCAGCUGCAGGCGGAUAAUGCCCGCCUGCGCGCCGAAAUGGUCGCUCUCCGCAAGGAGAUGGAGGCGAUCAAGGACGACCUGCGGAAACGGGGUUCCGCGGGCCACUCUGACCCGGACGUGUCGUUGGAGGCCGCCCCCGCAUCACGGCCCCCGCAUUCACCGAACGAGGCGCUCUCCGUGGAGGAGAUCUGUCGUGCAGUGAUGGUCCAGGUCGGCGGGAUGAUGAACGCCCGCCUGGCCUCGCUGGAAGACAGACUUCUCCCGGAGAGGAACCUGCGGCCGCCCCUCGCGGCCGAUAAGAAGAAAGGCGAGGGCACAUACGCUGCCAAGCUCGCCCGACAGCCACCCCAACUGGCGGCUCAACCUGGACCCAGCGGCACGCAACGUAGGGUGCCAUCGGCGCCGCAGCAGCGCCAAUCGGGUGCAGCCCAGACCCGGCCUAAGACCCAGGGGACGUCCUCUCCCCCUAGUGGAGGAAAAGAGAGGAAGAAGAAAAGAAAGAGGAACAAAAAGAAGAAGGCCUCGCCACCCGGGCAGCAGCAUUCGCAGCCCGCGGUUGGCGAGUGGAUAAAGGUGGGCCCCAAAAGGCGGCCCCAAGUGAAGAGCGGUGCUGCUAAACUGCAGGCGCCCCGGUCAUCAGCAGUUAUCAUCACACUGCAACCGGGCGCGGCGGAGCGGGGGGCCACCUACGCCAGUGUCAUCGCGUCGGCCAAAGAAAGGAUCAACCCGGCCGACUUCGGAGCCCAGGGCGUUCGCCUUCGGAAGGCCGCCAACGGGGGACGCGUCUUCGAGUUCCCGGGCGCCUCCAGUGGCGAGAAGGCGGACUCCCUGGCCCAAAGGCUGCGGGAGAUCCUGGACGAUGGAGUCGUCCGCGUGUCUCGUCCCAUCAAGACGGCGGCCCUACGGGUGGCUGGCCUGGACGACGCCACCACCGCGGCUGAGGUGGUCGCCGCCAUUGCUGCUGCGGGAGGGUGCCCUGCAGAGCAGCUGCGGGCUGGCGCCAUGUCAACCGGCCGCGACGGACUGGGCUCAAUAGUGGUCCAGUGCCCCGUCGCGGCGGCGAAGAAGAUUGUAACAGACGGUCGCCUACUGGUGGGCUGGGUGUCCGCCCAGGCAAGGCUGCUGGAUCCCCGGCCCACCAUGUGCUACAGAUGCUUGGCUCCAGGGCACCUCUCUGGCCAGUGCAAAGAGGGGGCGGAUCGCACCGGUGCAUGCUUCCGGUGCGGCCAACCAGGGCACAAGGCCCGCGGAUGCACGGCGGCGCCUCACUGCGUCGUCUGCGCCGCGGCCGUGCGCGCUAAAAACACCGCCCCCGGCCCCGACGGCGUGCCGGGUCGCGCCUGGGUUCUAGCCAUGGAGUCGCUCGAUCCCUGGAUCAGGGCAUUGUUCCGGGCGUGUCUGGAGCAGGGCCAGUUCCCAAGUGAGUGGAAGAGGGGGAAACUGGUCCUGCUCAAGAAAGACGGGCGUCCGGCGCUCGAGCCGUCGGCGUAUCGGCCGAUCGUUCUGCUGGACGAGAUCGGCAAGCUCUUCGAGCGCGUCAUUGCCGAUCGUCUCGUCCAGCACUUGGAGAGUGUGGGCCCGAAUCUCAGCGCCAACCAGUUCGGCUUCCGCAAGGGUAGGUCCACCCUGGACGCCAUAGCGCGGGUGAGGACCCUUGCGGAAGACGCGGAGUCCCGGGGUGAGGUGGUGGUGGCGGUGUCUUUAGACAUCGCCAACGCGUUCAACACCUUGCCCUGGGAAACCAUCAGGGAGGCGCUGAGAUUUCAUCGGUUCCCGCUGUACCUGCGGAGGAUCGUCGCGGCCUACCUCUCUGAGCGAUCGGUCGCGUACCCGACCAGCGCCGGCUGGUCGCAGAGGGCGACGUCGUGCGGUGUUCCACAGGGGUCGGUCCUCGGGCCGCUCCUGUGGAACAUCGGGUACGACUGGGUGCUGCGCCUGCGCCUCCCAAGGGAAGUCGAAGUCGUAUGUUACGCCGACGACACCUUGGUGACGGCGCGGGGCAGCACCCACUCGGAGGCCCGACGCAGGGCCACAGCUGGCCUGGCCACUGUGGUGGCCAGGAUUCGCCGGGUGGGUCUGGAGGUUGCUCUGCACAAGUCCGAGGCCAUGUAUUUUUACGGGCCUCGGCGAGCACCUCCGACCCACUCCGCGAUCAUGGUGGGCGGAACUUCCAUCGGCGUCGGGGGUACGAUGAAGUACCUCGGACUCGUCCUCGAUAGCCGGUGGAAGUUCGAAGAGCACUUCCGGCGUAUGGUCCCCAAGCUCCUGGGGGCGGCCGGGGCCCUUAGCCGGCUCCUGCCGAACCUGGGCGGCCCGGGAUCGCGGUGUCGUCGCCUGUACGCAGGCGUCGUGCGGUCCAUGGCACUGUACGGUGCCCCCAUUUGGGCGGACACUCUGACCGCCCGGACUCGCGCCCUUCUGCGGAAGCCGCAGAGGGUCAUGGCGGUCAGAGUGACCCGAGGGUAUCGUACGGUGUCGUGCGACGCGGCCUGUGUGCUGGCGGGGACACCGCCGUGGGACUUAGACGCGGAGGUGCUCUCCGGCGCCUACUGGCGAAGAGUGGAAGCCCGCCUGCGGGGGGGGGAGACUCCUCCCGCGGUCGAGCAGGGUGCGUGGCGGCGGGCGGCGGAGGCGCAGCUCAUCGCUGUCUGGCGGGAGCGGCUGCUUGCGGCGUCCGCUGGCCAACGCACCAUCGAGGCGAUCAGGCCCAUCCUGGAGCGAUGGAUGGGUCGGAGGCACGGGGCUCUCUCGUUCCGUCUGGUGCAGGUACUCUCGGGGCAUGGUUGCUUCGGAGGGUAUCUGUGCCGGAUUGCGCGACGAGAGCCCAGUGCGAGGUGCCACGAGUGCGGGCAUGCUGAGGACUCGGCCCAGCACACACUGGAACGGUGUGUGCAUUGGUCGGUCCAGCGUGCCGCACUCGUGGCAGUUAUAGGUGGGGACCUCUCGCUGCCGGCCGUCGUCAACGCGAUGGUGGGCAGCGAGAGUUCCUGGAACGCUGUCGCCUCCUUUUGUGAGGAGGUGAUGGCGCAGAAGGAGGCGGCAGAACGACGGCGGGAGGAGGACGCAGCUGCGGACGCCCUCCGCCGUCGUCGCGACGGGCGCAGGCGGCAGGCGCACACCCGCCGUCUGCCCCCGUAAUCAGAGCUUCGG